AUGUCGCUCGCCGCCCUCGAUGGCCUCAAGGCCGCAAUCGAGCGCAUCAUCCUCGACCCCAAGUACCACGACAUUCUCGCCGUCGUCAAAGGCGCCCGCAAUGGCGCCGUCUACGGCGCAAAAGUCCGCUUUCCUCAUGCCCUUGUCAUGAUAUUCCUCUUCCGUUCGGGAACACUCCGCCAAAAAGCAGGCCUUGUAUUCCGCGCGACCCGAACGCACGCCCGCAACCUCGCCAAGUUUGCGACAAUCUACAAGCUCACAAUGUACCUCCUCAAAAAUUACGGCCCCAGCCCGGGCAAGGAAGGGCCCUACGACUCCUUCUUCGCCGGCCUGCUGGGCGGCUACAUCGUCUUUGGCGGGCGCUCCCCGCGUAGCGGCAAGAUCUCGAGCGUGAACCAGCAGAUUGUCAUCUACGUCUUUGCGCGCGUCGUCCUGGCGCUCGCCCGCCUCGCCGUGGCCCCCGGCAAGGGCCUGCCCGUCGUCAGCCGCGACGACGUCUCGGCCAAGAUCAGCUACUACGCGUGGCCCGUCUUUGCGAGCACGAGUUGGGCCAUGGUCAUGUACCUGUUCCGCUGGCAGCCGCAGGAGCUGCAGCCUAGUUUGCGCAGCAGCAUGACGUACAUUUACCAGCAGAGCAGCGAGUGGGAUUCGCUGAGGAACUUUAUCUGGCAUAACAAAUAG